AUGAGAUAUUUUCAAUGUUCAAAUGAUGUUUGUACAUUUCAUCAAGUAAAAUUAGGUAAUGGUCAAAAUAAAACAAAAACAUUAUGUCAAUUAAUCGAUGAAAUUAAUCAAACAAAUUUUAGAAUAGAUAUACUUAAAAUUGAUAUUGAAUAUGGUGAAUAUGUAAAACCUGUUUAUAUUCAACAAAUUCUUGUUGUAGGAAAAAAAAAGAAAAGUAUAAACUUCUCAAUUUCAUAUUGUUUUAUUUUUCAAGAAGUUCAAUUUGAUCGUGAUCGAACAAUUGAAACAAAUGCUUUAUUUUAUUUAUUUAAUUCUCAAAAUUAUAUUAUUUAUCAUCGAGAACUUAAUCCAAAUUUUCCAUAUUAUGCUUCUGAAUAUGUUUUUCUUAAAUUAAAUAGAACAUUUUUAGUCAUUAAUUUAAAUGUAUACUUUCGUUUUCGAAUCAUAUUACAUAAUAUAACUCGUGCUCAGGCUCUAUGA